AUGUCCUUGACCAUCCGCAAGUUCCACUUUCUCGAAUCUCCCCGCUACAUCAUGGCGGACUUUCAUCACGCAACCUACCCCCGCGAUCGUUCCCACUCCCAGUCACCCCCUUUCCUGCUACGCCCUGUCUCAGCCGUCUCAGACGACUCCGACGACUCUUCCGAUUCCCUCGCCUCCGUCGAUCACAUUAACGGCGUCACAGUAGACGACCCACACUUCGAAAUUGGCGUCUCCCGUCUCCCGAGUCGUCUCGAGGAUCCCCACACACCUAAUGCUGGGCAAAUAUUUGCUCAGUUCAACACCACUCCCCGCGUCCUCAUCCCCGUUUACCCUUCCCCCAUCUAUGACUUGACUCAUUACUUGAACCCGAAUCUCGUCGGUGCGCUCUAUCACAUCACCUUCACCGACGACGAGGCUCCAAUCAUGCUGGACCAAUCUGGGUUGGACGAUCCUGCAAACUUCUUCUUCUAUUUGCAGCAGAUUGUGAUGACACGAGCGUAUCAGGUGCAUCAGGGACCGCUGAGCCGACACCAGAUGACUCUUCUCUCGAAUCUCGCCCUCACCAGUUACAGGAACAAGGGGCUCUUUAACCUCCCAGCCCUUCGCAGCGACAUGAUCAGCUACCGCCCUACCGGAUAUACAGAGCGCCUAGUCAUCGAAGAAUACAUGCCGGGAGGAACACUACCAGAACGACUAUUUCCCACAAAUAGUCGAGGGGAGCAACACGUCGCCGCGUACUGGUCUGAAGGAUCUAAUCCAGCAGACAACGAAAGACCCUGGUACAUGGCAAGAUCGGACGUCACGGCCGAGGAUGGGUAUCAUUUACCCCGACCCGAGGAGCUCCUUUACAAGUCAAACGCUCCGAGGCCCUCCGGAGAUGUUGGACGCCCUCCCGUCACACCCCUCAUCCUCUCUCUUCCUGAAAUCCCCGAGUCAUCGCUGACAACGAGUCUCCCCCACACAUCCUCUUCGCCACUUCGUUUCCUCCCAUCGGAUAACACGAGAUCCUUUCGACAUGCGGUUUCGGCCGAAAGAACCACGGUCGUUGCAAGACUGGAAGAAGACGACCCCAUGCCCCCCGCGAGCCCUCCUCACGACUCCGACCAAAACAUCCGGAAUCGCGAGGCUCGUCGACCACUUCCGACGCCGCCCUCAGCACCCCCUGAUGCAUCCUCAUCCGCGACCCUUGUCGGAGAAGGCCUCGCCCUUGCUGAACCUAUCGACACGUCCUCCUAUCAACUUAGGACGAUUCCAGUCGUAUCGGAAGAUUGGCACGAAGGAGCCCGCGCAUCGGCACACGUCUGGCCCGAAACUCCAGCCUUCACCCCAUCUCCUCUUGGGUCACCUCCUGCACCAGACGAACGUUACUGCUGGGAAUGCGGACGUCAAGGACACUUCCUCGCAACCUGUCCAAUCACACGCAUUCGGAUGCGGACAGACGUCACCGCGCGUCAAUUUCUACGCGAUUACGACGCACAUCGCGGAGCCACUAAUCGACUUCGUCUGCAAAUGGACAAAGUGGCUGAGGAGUACGGCUAUCACAAACAGGCUUUGGAACACAUGAUCACCACGUCCAUGUGGACCGGAUACCCUGUUCGCUCCAUCCCCACUUAUGACGUCGACCAUCCACGCGAACCGCCGCCAGUAGUCGGUGCACACUCCAAGCGCCGAAGACUUGUGUAA